UUGAGUUUGUGGAAACUUUCUGCGUGCUUGUAUUUCUAACAAGAUUUGCCUGUUACAAGAGAGCAAGAUUUUGUUCCAACUCUUACAGGCUACUGCUCUUUUCACAGAGUGUUUGUGCAGUGAGAAAGUUCUCAUACUCUUUCAAAAUCUUGUAAUAACACAACUUGGCAUGGGAGUUGUAAGUGUUUCGAGCUCAGCUUCUCGGACACCACUAGGAUUGAGCACAAAGUUUUCAACUUACGGAUCUACAGCAAAAAGGCCUUUGAUUGUAGCAUUUAAAGCCGACAAAUCCAGCAACCCAUCUUUCGUCGCACCACAUGAGCAAAUUCCAUUGCCCAUAGAAACAACGAAGGGGAAGAAGAGACUUGGAAAAAGCAAAAAAUCUUCUAAUAGAUUAAAAGCUGUCCGUACUGAAGUUUCUCCGUGUACAUUGUUAGUGGAUUACAAUGAAGCUGCUGCGAAACUUGAAAACAUAUACAAGCUUAGCCCUGGAACUGAUACCUCUGAUGUGGAAGACGCAAGUGGUGUGAUUAGGAGAGGUAGGCAAAGGAAAAGGAAAAUUAGUGAAGGUGACAAAGAAGCCGAGGAUAGAACUAGUAAAAUCAUUGUUAGGAACCGGGCAAAGAAGGCUAAACGAUUGAGCCUUGAGAAAAGGAUUUCUCUGAGGAUCAAGAAUGAAGAGAAAUUGGUGACUUCAGCUGGGAAGAGAAAAGAUCGAAAAAAUGAAAAUGAAAAGAUUGAUGAGCUUCUGAGGGAGUAUUCGGCUUCAACUGAUUUGGUCAGCUUGGACUGGAAAAAAAUGAAGAUACCUCCGGUCCUUACUUCAUCAGAGCAUGUCUGGUUAUUUAAGUUGAUGCAGCCUAUGAAAGCACUCCUUCAAGUGAAAGAGCAUCUGCAAGAAAAUCUGGGGAGAGAACCAACUGACGUUGAAUUAGCUAAAGCAACAACUAUGGAUGUGCUCCAAGUAAGAAAGCAAAUAGCAGUUGGUCGAGCUGCAAGGAACAAGCUCAUUAAGCACAAUCUUCGGCUUGUAUUGUUUGUGAUCAAAAAAUAUUUUCAAGACUUUGCAAAUGGGACAAAAUUUCAAGAUCUUUGUCAGGCGGGAGUGAAGGGACUUAUUACAGCAAUUGAUCGCUUUGAACCCAAAAGGAGAUUCCGGCUCUCCACUUAUGGGCUAUUUUGGAUUAGACAUGCCAUCAUACGAUCAAUGACACUCUCAAGCUUUACACGCGUUUCGUUUGGCCUGGAAUCGAUUAGGUCUGAAAUCCAGAAAGCAAAACUUGAAUUGUGGUUUCAACUUAAAAGACAACCAAUGGAGGAUGAGAUUAUUGAAAAAGUUCGGAUCUCCCCUGAGAGGUACCAUGAAGUGACGAGGGCCUCAAAACCUGUUUUGUCUCUCCAUUCAAGACACAAAACAACGCAGGAAGAGUUUAUUGGUGGAAUUGCUGAUGUUGAUGGAGGUGAUGACCGGAGGCAGUCAGCUCUUCUCAGGCUUGCACUUGACGAUGUGCUUGAUUCUCUAAAACCAAAGGAGAGCUUAGUGGUCCGACAGAGAUACGGGCUUGAUGGUAAAGGAGAUAGAACAUUAGGAGAGAUUGCUGGGAACUUAAAUAUCUCCAGAGAAAUGGUCAGGAAGCACGAAGUAAAAGCACUCAUGAAGCUCAAACAUCCAACUAGAGUGGAUUAUCUUCGCCGCUAUGUUGUCUGAAUUGAUCAGAAACACAAGGUUCGCAUAAACAACUCUCUCCCUCUGGAUGAUUCCUCGUCACCAAUCAUUGCUGUAUACUAAUGUUCUGUCUCAUAGGCAUAUUUAACUACAUGAGAAUAGACAAGAUAGAGUUUGAGAUUUCAGGUUACCACUUAUACGUGUAAUGUUGCCUGUGCUAUAUAAUACAGUGAUAUCUUAUACAGUUCACAA